UCCUGUGCGCCCACGAACAGCUGCCGUCGGGGCGUGAUGACCUUUUUGUCUCCCGGCGGUCAGGUACGGGAGAGGGGGCGGAGACACGGGAGGAGCAGCCUCGUGUGUGUCGGACUGGUCCCGACGUCCCGGACAAAUAAAUGGCCGUGAGCCGACGAAGAGCGGCGGCGUGAGGCGCGUUUCCUUUAUCCUCAGCGCGGCUGCAUGAAGCGCUUCCUCCAAUGCCCACGUAGCGGGUUAAAAGGCGCUUCGUCCUCUCCGUCAGUAACCUACUUUUUUUUUUUCAUCUCUCCGGGAGGAUGAGGGAGUCCUGUUGACACCACGGAGAGAUACACGCUGAGACCGACCAUGGCUGUGGACGCGGCGUCCAGCUUCAGUUUUUGCCGUGCCUCCCUGGAGCACACGGUGUCUGCUGAGGAGCUGAGCUACCAGCUGCCGCGUCGGGCCGGAGGCAGCAACCUGACCUGGCACGACAGCCGCGGCCAGAAGACAGCGCACACGCGCACCGUCAAAUUACUGCAGCAGCCGGGCACAGAGGGCAUCCAGCUGCAUCCGGGUGAAGCCUUCACCGUCUAUCACACCAGUCCUACGCUGUCCUGUCUGUCCAAACCUGUGGUGCUGUGGACUCAGCAGGAUGUCUGCAAGUGGCUAAAGAAACACUGUCCUCACAACUACCUGACCUACGUAGAGGCCUUCUCCCAUCACGCUAUCACAGGACGGGCGUUGCUCCGCCUCAACGGGGAGAAGCUGGAGCGGAUGGGAAUCAUCCAGGACUCCUUGAGGCAGGAGGUCCUCCAGCAAGUCCUUCAGCUCCAGGUCAGAGAAGAGGUCCGCAACUUGCAGCUCCUUAGCAGAACCUCCUUUGGAAAUUUCUCUUAGUUCAUCCCAGGAUGUGCUUGGCAGUCCUUCCCCUCGUCUCCUGUCACAAUACAUCUCCAGGAGCUGCGGAAGAGCUGCUAUCUCCAGAUAUGUGAGCGGAGAAUCAACGAGUGAAAGCAGGGGGAGGACGAGCCUAGAGACUCUAUGCCAACUGGUCUGGAGGAUUCCCAUUCAAUGCAGCCAAUCUGCUUAUAGGAACUGUGACAAAGACAAAGAGCCGUUCAAAGCAGGGAGACCCUCAGUAACCUAAUGAUGCAAUGGAAGAUUAUUACUAUUCCAGGGAUGAUCCAGACUUGGCACUGGUGGGAUCAUUACAAAUGUCCCUUUUGAUUUUAAUUUCGAUUGAACCAACUGGACCGCACUGACUGAAAUUCAAGUCUGAAAAAUUGUACUCAUAGAGAUCCGCUUUGAUUUAGUUAAAUAAAAAGUUCUGUGGAGCAGCUAUGAGAAGUUUGAGUCUUGUCUGCAGCACUAGCUCUUUGAACAGCUUAACUCUAGAGAUCUGGAGGGCAGUUUUACCUGGAAAGUUAAACUAACUGCUGGUCAGGAUUUUCCUAGUUGGAAAGCACAUUUCCUUUAUCUUAAGAAUCCUUGGGAUUCAUUCAAACAUUGCUUUAUAUAUGUGAAGCAGUGUUUGCCUCUCUGUCUGUGAGCCACUUGGAAAUAUACAGUUUUCACUCAUCGCAACCGUAAUGUGGUGCUCAUUCAAAAGAGAAAGAAGGAAAAAAAAUGAUAAUGUAAAAGUAAGAAUUAAGAAACUUUUCACCAGAAUAUCUAUCUAUCAAUCUUAUGCCUCUCUCUUUCUACAGUCCACUUUGUUCACCCUUUGCAUGGGAGUUUUGUUUUUCAGCUCAUCGCUCACUCAGCAUGAUUACAAAAACUUGAGCUCCAUGGGAAUGCUAGUAGGGAGCUACAGAUGACAAUCAUGCAGGCAUUUAUUUCCAUACUGUAGAGGUGUUAUUUACACUGAAGUACUUGGUCAAGUACAAGUAAUGUAAAACUUGUUUAGCCAGUCACUUUAUUUUGUACAACCUUGAAGAGUAACUGACUGAUAGUAAAAAAGAUAGAGCAGCGGAAAGCAACUACAAUGCAACAGUUAAUGUACAGAGGUAUCUGCUGUGGGUAAGAUAUUGACUGCUCAUAACUUUUGCACAGAACUACAUAGAAGAAAUCUGAACUUUCCCUUUAAGACCACUAAACCAGUGAUUAUUUUACAUGUUUUUAUAUCAAGGAAUUCUGGGUUAGUUCCUUGAGUCGUGGUGUGAAUACAUGUGAACAAACAGAGCUACUAAUGUAAAAUGACGGAAACUUUCCAUCUACCAUACUAUGAGAUGAAUGUCAUUCCCACAAUAAACCUUUUGUAUUGUGACUUCUCUGCAGUGUAGUACUGAAAAAAAUUCACCUUUAUAUAUAAUUGAGUGUAGUAGAGUAACACUCACAUUAAUUUAUGUAUUUGUGAUUUAAUGACUGAUCAAAGGGUUUCAUGGGGUUAACACAAUGCUCACUAACUGCAUUGGUCGGAUUCAGCAAUAAUUUGAAUAGCUAGGACUAUCUGGUAGCUAAAUUAAGAAACCAUUUCCACAGAGCUGUGAAGCUCUGCCGAGGGAGAGAAAGUAAUUUGUGUGUGGAUCUUUGUAUUUUACAUCAUUUGUCACUUGCAAGCACUGGGGGAAAAAAUAUACAUCCCUCUGUUGUAUUCUGUUCGGUUUCUUUCCCGGAGAUGACACUAAAGUUUCUAAAGCUCAGAAAGCAAGACUGCCAACAAUGACAGCAGGCCAGAUACCAGAUUCCCUAAGUGACUGAAGCCAGAUCUGCAGAUGUAAUUCCGGGCAGUAACGCUCAGCUUUGCAGAAUGAUAGUUCUCAUGUCACAUAAAUGAAUAAAAUAAACAAACAUACAGUGAAGAAAACCUGCCCAUCCAACAGCCAUCCAUGCAUUCUUUAGCAGGGAGCCGCAGGGAAAAGUGAGUGAGUUACUGUUAAAAGAAAGAAAACACGCUGUGUAAUUUUUAUUAGACCUAAUCCACUGUAAAUAUCAACACAUUCGGUUUAUGUUCACUGAUCAUUGAUGAACUGUUUCAAAUGCAGAAAAAGUACAGUUCGCGCUGCUCUACAGAGUCAAACAUAAAUGUAUGUAUGGAACAUGACGACAGCUGUUUUUGAAUAAACUUAUUGA